UCCGGGCCGGGAGGAAGCAGGCGUGUGUUGAAUUUCUCUUUGACCCUCACGGUGGAAUAAACAGGAAGCGAAGAGCCGAAGGGCCCUGCACUUGCAUUUGUUGUGGGCUCUGCGAUCUACAGACUGAAGGAGGUUUCCCGGGACCCCUGCCCAGUGUGCCGUCUGGGCACGGCUGGGGGCGCGCCCUCACGUCUGACUCUACAUUUGUAGUACAAGACCCUGUUCUCCUGUUGGACUAUUUUAAAGAACGGACCUCAGGCUUCACCUAGUUCAGAGCAAGAACAGAAGCAGAGCAGAGAACAACAGAUCAGAGCAGACUGAGAGCCCUUGGUGAGGCUGAGCCUGCUCCCUGUGUGGAAGAUGCUGGCCGCUGCAAGGCUGAGGCGCCCUUCGUUUUGAGGUGGGAGAGCGGGUUUCCGGCAGGACAGCUUCUCCGUUCCUGACCUCACCAUGGCUUCAACUCUCUGGCUGGAUGGUUGAUGCGACUGUGUGUCCCCACAUGAUAUCGGACUGUGUGACAUCCGGGUAGUGCCUGCUCACAGGGUGUGGGAGCACAGCCAGUGGGCAUCAGAUGCUCCCAAAAGCCGGACCAGCAGAGUGAUGGACUUGGACAGGCUAAGAUGGAAGUGACCUGAGGCCUCGCCCAGGCAGUUUCUUCACAACAGGACAGCUGAAGAAUUGAAACACAGGCUUGUCUGGGGAGCAGUAUGCCGGAAGCUGGUUUUCAGGCCACAAAUGCGUUCACAGCCGAGCUGGAAUUCGCGCAGAUCCUUAUCAUUGUCGUGGUGGUGACAGUGAUGGUGGUGGUCGUUGUCUGCCUAUUGAACCACUACAAAGUCUCCACACGUUCCUUCAUCAACCGCCCCAACCAGAGCCAGAGACAGGAGGACGGGCUGCAGCCGGAAGGAUCCCUGUGGCCUUCUGAUAGCUCCGUGCAGCGCCCAGGGGCUUCAGAGAUCAUGUGUGCCCCACGGGGCAGGGAUAGGUUUACUACCCCAUCUUUCAUCCAGCGGGAUCCGUUCAGUCGUUUCCAGCCCACCUACCCCUACGUGCAGCACGAGAUUGACUUGCCUCCCACCAUCUCCCUGUCAGACGGGGAGGAGCCGCCUCCUUACCAAGGACCCUGCACGCUACAGCUCCGGGACCCAGAGCAGCAGAUGGAACUCAACCGAGAGUCCGUGAGGGCCCCGCCCAAUCGAACCGUUUUUGACAGUGACUUGAUAGACAUUUCUAUGUACAACGGGGGACCAUGCCCACCAAGCAGCCACUCGGGCAUCAGCGCAGCUACCUGUAGCAGUAACGGAAGAAUGGAGGGGCCGCCCCCGACCUACAGCGAGGUGAUGGGCCACUACCCAGGCACCUCGUUCUUCCAUCACCAGCACAGCAACACACACAGGGGCAGCAGACCACAGUUUCAGCCGAACAACUCAGAGGGCACAAUUGUACCCAUCAAGGGCAAAGACAGGAAGCCGGGGGACCUGGUCUGAUUCCCUCCAGAGUGCACUUUUCAAGGAGAGAGAAACCGCGGCAGGGAGAGAGAGGCCCGCUGGCCCCACUGCCACAGUGUUGCCCAGCUUUACUGGUACAGCCAAGUAAAACCAAAUGUGCAAACACGGUCUUCGUUUCUGCUUCCUUUCACGGGAAUUGCAUGCAAACAAGAUGGAAACACGAUUCAAACUUCCAUCCGGUUUGACCACAAACAGUGUUCACCUUGGGGCAGGGGUGGAUGGAGGCAAGGGCUAGAGAUGGUGUGAUCUUGGCUAAGUGGUGUGCAGAGAAAACUUAAAAAGGCUGCUUUGAAGACAUCAUGAAAGUAAGACCCACAGAGGUAUUUUUGACAUAUUUAAUUCCAAAAGGAGACUGCGGAUAAAUGAGGCCACAGUGGCCUGUUUUAUAAUUAACUGAAUAAAGAGGGAAGAAUUAUUAUAUAUUAUCAUGGGGAAGAAUCAGCCAGUUUGCUUUUUCUCCAAAGGUGUGAAACUUAUUUUGUUUUAAAAAUAUGAGUCAAAACUCCUGUUUGGUGUGCCAAGGUUUUAGAGUUGGAAAAGUUAGACGAGUGGGAGGAAGUGGUUUGUGUUGUGAUGGGAUGUUUUAAGAGUUGCACUAUCUCAAUGUUUAACAUAUGGAUGAGGGAACCGUGUCGUGUGAAGUUCUAUAUGUUGUCUUGUCACCUAUGGAUGGCUAUCAUGCCCAAGGAAACACUCUUGAGUGUCCACAGAGUCAUACAAGAAAGGUAUUUGGCAAUGUACCCUGGUGUUUUUCCAAGUUAACGUACAUUUUUAAAAGUGGUUAUGUUGCAAGAAUUUGCAGCCAGCAGCAGUGUACUACUGAGGUAUUUGGAGAGGUUGGUGGAAAGAGAUGCUCACGUUGUGUACCGAGUGUCAUGCACAGCUAGUCUUCUUCCCAGCAGGGUCAGCAGUUUAGACUUUUUUUUCCACUGUAGCAUGAAAUAUAUUCAGAUACAUACCCUAUUUUAUGCAAUAAAUUGUCUAAAAUGCAAGCUGGCUAUUUUGUGUACUGCCGAACUAUGGGUCGCAGCGAGUCCCAUUGCACUUCUCCACUUUCCGAGGCAGCUCUGUUGAGUUCUGCGAGGGUACUCUGUUUAGCACCUGGCACCAGCAGUUGUCCCCAAGGCCACUUGGCUUUCUAAGUGCCGUGCUGGUAAUGGUUCUUUAUGUUUAAUGUGCCCCUGGACGUGACAGAGGAACGAGUUUGGCAUAAUAAGCCACUGCAUCUCUCCAGUGUUGCAUGUUAGGGGAAUCCGGCACAGACCUGCCAACACUCAUGCCAAAGACUCACUUCUGCAUAGCCAGUCUUUGUAUCGUGGUCAGUGAGAGGAGAGAGGUGGUGGGUCAGGGUGUGACUCAGGACAAGGCAGUGGCAGGCAAAGUUGCAGCUGGAAAAUGGCUUCUUAGUAUUUGAAGUCAGUUUAUGAUUUCGAAUAUUUCUUAUGUAGAAUAAACAACAACUUUCUUAUGCAGAUGUAAGAGCUGGCUUCCUAAACUGCACUGAGGCAGGCACCUGCUUUCUGGAAGUCUGGCCUCUGCAUGCAACACAAUGAACCAGAAUAGAAAUUCGGUGGCAGCUUUAACACCAAAUCGAUCUCUGUCUCUCUCAGUCUCUCUGUCUGUCUGUCUCUCUCUCUGUGUGUCUGUCUGUCUCUGUGGUGUGUGACUGUUUUUAGAAGUGAUUACAUAAAGUAACUCUGUAUUCUUACCUGAGAACUAAAUUGUUCAAAGCCGGAGUCCUCUCUGACCCCAGGCUUCUCAUUUCUGCUUGUCUUAGUAGGCAGGCCACUGGCUUAGUUUGAGUUUUGAAAUCUCCAUUGAAUUCAUCCAUUUUACACUGUAGCGUCCACAGGAAUACUCACAGCUACAAGGAGAGAGAAGAGAUAGGCAGCAGUCGUCAGCUUGUCUUAAACACUGCUUGGAAGGAUGCCAUUUGGGACUCAGGAGCUGCUCUUCUGUCUUGUCUGGUGACAUUCAGUGGCCUUUUAGGCCAUAGGUGAAGCAGGCCAAAGGUGACCUUUCCCACUUCUCUGAGGCCUCCUGAGAAGGUUCUGGCUCUUGGUGACCUUAUGCUCUCGGGCUGUGCUUGAAUGGUACCCCGAGAUACAGUGGCAGAGGAGAGGUUUAUGUCCUCACUGGGAUCUUACUGGUCAGACUUGGCAUUGGAUGACGGCCAGGGGGUGGUGAGGUUAUGGUUUUGUCAUUCCAAAUCCUAACUAGUUUUUGGCGAAGCUGGAGAUCCCAGCUUUUAGUUUCAGCUCCAAAUGGCUUCUCAGUCCUUCCUUUCAUCCUUCCUUCCUUUUCUACCUGCUGUGAGAAUGAACUGAGAUCAGAGACUCGUAAAUAACUUUGGAACUUGGCAAGCACAAGGGCAUUUUGUAGAUGCCAAUAGUAUAGGCAAAACAAUUAAUUCAACUAUAUUUAACUACGUUUCAAAAGAGAACUUGCUUUCUUCAUGUUUUUACACACACACACACACACACACACACACACACACACACACACACACUAGUGAUUUUGAGGCUGGGCCUCUUUAAGGAAUUAGUAUAAAAGCCAAAGCAAAGGUCAUAAAAAUUAGUCCAUUUCUCUCAGCACAGGGAGGUUUAGGUUGUAACUUUCUAGCUGACUGCCCAUGCUAUGCUGUCUCCUGGCUCUAAGGCAUUGACUAAGCAGCUACUGUGAAGACACAGCUCAUACAGGGGGAAGCUGAGUGCUUAGAAAGUCUAGUAUUCAGUUUGGAGAGCAGUGAAUUUAGGCAACUGACAGUAGGCUAUACUGACAGAUUAAUCCCAUGGGGCUCUCGAGUAAAGGGUUACAGUAUUAGAAGGAACAGUCCCGGGCAGGCCAUUCAUCUGUUGUCUCACAGAUUUCCAGGAUGAUAAAACACACGGCCUGCAAAUUCAUCUCCUGGAGAUCAGCCUUUUGGCCUGCAUUUGCUUCUUCCGAAGUUCUAUAAACACAGAAGCAAUAUUUAAUAGAGGAGACUAGGAAGCCAGCGGCUCACCCAUUUAUGUUUACUGGUAAAGCAGGCCCCAUGCCUUCGCCACCAUAGACACACACCUAAUCCCACAGGGUGGCAGUAACUAAAGCUUACAGGCAGAAUAUGAGAAUUGUACUUUUCUUUAGUAAUGUUUAGCUCAAACUCAAGAGGCAAGGAUGAGGAUAAGCUGGGAUGGAUGCCUCUUCACGCGUACAUGGGACUUGGGUGGCUAUAUAUAUAUGUAUACAUAUAUGUAUAUAUAUACAUAUAAGUAUACAUAUAUAUAUACAUAUAUAUAUA